UCCCUUUCGACCAAUGUUAUUUUCUUUUACAGGAACAGAUUGAAAUUGAGUGGAGUCAGACCUUUUCUAUAGCAAGAAUUCACAAGAGCCUGUAUUCAGAUUGAGUGCCACCCUCCUCUUAUAUCGCUGUUUUGACAGUUUCUGGAGUUGACAUCAUUUAAGGAACUCAAUUCAGCAGAGGUCACCCGAUUCUGUCGAUUCGCGCUCGGAGUGCUGAAGGUUUUUGACAGCAGGCCAGUAGUAGUGACUAUCACCUCGAGGAGGAACUAUGGAGGCUGAUGUUGUCGAGAAUCCCAAAGAGGAAGACACUGUGAACACUGAAAUCUCCCAAGGAGAAAAACAGAAGGUGAUUCAGCCAGCAUUUUUAGAAGAUCCCGAACUAGAAAAGCUGAAGCAGGUUUUGGUUGAUUGGAUCAAUCGCACUCUGAAAACAGAGCACAUAGUGGUGCAGAGUCUGGAGGGGGAUCUGUUCGAUGGGCUGGUGCUUCAUCACCUGCUGACCAGGUUGGCCGACGUGCAAUUGACUGUGGAGGAAAUAGCAGUGACCACCACGGCUCAGAUCCGCAAGCUGGAAAAAAUCCUGCCAGUGUUGGACAAGAGACUGGGCCUGCAGAACAGCAGUCAGAUCAAGUGGAACGUCAAGCUCAUCCACAACAAAGACCUUCUGGCCACUAUUCAUCUGCUGGUUGCCAUGGUGAGAUGUUUCGAGCCUCGACUGGAUUUGCCGGCAGGCGUAAAGGUUAAAGUUGUGAUUGUGGAAGUCACCAAAGAUGGAAUGAAAUCAGAAGAACAGACAGAAGUGCUGACAGAGGAAAGUAAGACGGGCUCAGACUCCCUCAGCAAUACUGAAGGGGAAGAUCCCAUCGAGAAACUGCUGAAGCUUGAGGCUCACAAGGUCAACACAGUGAAGAAGGCCAUUGUACAUUUUGUCAACCAGCACAUGUCGACUCUGGGUCUGCAGGUGACUGAUAUGGACAGACAGUUUGCUGAUGGUGUGAUUCUGCUGCUGCUGAUUGGACAGCUGGAAGGCUUCUUCGUGCCACUUUGUGACUUCUACCUGACCCCUGUCAAUCAAUCUGAGAUGCUUCAUAAUGUGACCUUGGCCUUGGACAUUCUUAAUGAUAUAGGCAUGCUGUUGUCCAGUGUUGACCCACAAGAUAUUGUCUCUCGGGACAUCACUGCCACCUUUAAGAUCCUGUACUCCUUGUUCAAGAAGCACAAAGGAAGAGAGGAGAGAGGACAGACACAAGAAGAGGAGAUCAGCAACAGGAAAUAAAAGUAAAGCUGAAGAUAACUGGAGUAUUUGGCCAGCCUCUGAUGCUGUCUGUCUCUAAACCUUCACAAAUGCUGUAUAUCUAAUUAAAUGUUGACUGCUGUUUUCACAUUUGGCUCGUGCUUUCUUCUGAGCUCACUUAAAAAAUAAUUCUAGUUCAGUAUGACAUGGGUCUUAUUUUUUUAUUUUUCUUAUAUGCUGGAAGAGCGAACAGCAUCAGCUUAAAGCUAUGAACAGAGCAGUACUACAAGUAUCAAGUAUCACGUUAUAUGUAUAAAUAUGAUUGGAGAUCAAUAGUCAGCUGGUAGCCAAGCAGCAGAUGAAUGAGCCACUAAUAGUAAUAAUAUAUAAUAAGUGUGGCAUCAGUUCUCUGCCCAAACUAAUAUAUUAA